UCAUGCAAACAUCUCUGACUGCAAAUUUCCAUGUUCUCAUGUACCAGCACAAAUUACCCAGUACAGUUUCUGAAUGCUGAGACUCAGAGGAAAACUACAGAGACAGUAACAAGACUACCUAGUAGAUGGUGUCGGUCUGAAGUGUAUUUUUAUUAAGACUGUCAGAGCUUUGACUCCUUGGCAUUUUCUCCACAGCCAUGCAUGGGAGCCAGUACAUUUGGAUCCUCAAUGGCAUUUCCCUCCUGCUGACAUCUGGAGCACUGGCAGAUAAUCUUUCCCAAAACGUGGCCCUGAACAAAAAAGCCGACCAGUCUUCAGAAAACGAGUCUGGUGCUGCUGGCAGGGCUGUGGAUGGGAACAGAGACUCAAGGUUUCAAAGCGGAUCCUGUACCCUCACCAAUACAGAGACUGAUCCCUGGUGGAGGGUAGAUCUGCACAAUGUGUACAAAAUUACUGUUGUGAUGAUAACCAACAGCAAUGACCUUGAAAACAGGCUGAACGGUGCCGAAGUCUGGAUUGGAAACUCAAUAAAGGCCAAUGACAUCAAAAACACCAGGUGUGCAGUCAUCUCUCAUAUUCCCAGUGGGCAAACAUUAUACUUUACAUGUAGCGCUACAGAGGGACGCUAUGUCGCCGUGCUUCUCCCGGGAAGCAAUAAGGUUCUAAGUCUCUGCGAAGUUGAGGUGUACCAUGUGAGCUUCGCAUAUCCUUUACCCAAUGUGGCACUGAGAGGAGUUGCCACCCAGGCUUCGACGCUCUCCUUUGCUUCUGCCGACAAAGCCAUCGAUGGGAGACGGAACUCAUUCUACAGCCAUGGUUUCUGCAGCCACACUGCCGAGAACGAGACAAACCCCUGGUGGAGGGUGGACCUGCUAGCAGUAUAUACUGUCAUAUCUGUCAAAGUCACCAAUAGAGGAGACUGCUGUGCUGAAAGACUGGACGGAGCUGAGAUCCGAAUCGGGAACUCGCUGGUGAACAACGGAAACAACAACCCCAGGUGUGCUUCAAUCUCUCACAUCAGUGCAGGUAAAACCUACACGUUCCGCUGCGAUGGAGGCAGCUUGAACGGUCGCUUUGUGAACAUGGUCAUCCCAGGAGAGAGGAAGACUCUCACCCUGUGUGAAGUGGAGGUGUAUGCAACCCCACCAGUGGCACCUCUGCCAAACGUGGCCUUGAAGAAGCAAGCAAUACAAUCAUCCACUGGUUCAGACCCUAAUGUAAGGGAUGCCUCUAAUGCUGUCAGUGGGUGUAAAAGUGCUAUAUUCUCUGAUGGGUGCUGUUCCCACACUUUGUCAGAGUCUAAUCCCUGGUGGAGUGUAGACUUGUCAGCUGUGCACAGGGUCAGAGCUGUCACCAUCAUCAACAGACAAGACUGUUGCUCUGAAAGGCUUAUGGGGGCGGAGAUCUGGAUUGGGAACUCAUAUGAGACCUAUAACGAUAGCUACAGGUGUGGCAGUGUGUCACAGGUACAGGCUACACCAAUUCACACCUUCAGGUGUGGAGACAUCAGCGGUCAAUACGUUUUUGUGACUAUUCCAGGACAUCUAAAGAUUUUGUCACUGUGUGAAGUGGAGGUGUACGCUUUUCCGCAAGUGCCAGAAGUUGCCCCUUCUUCUCGUUUGCUUCUUCUUCCUCCCCCUCCCCCUCCUCUUCCUCCUCCUCCUCCCACUGUGAGCACGCAGCUGAGUGGCAGGGAUGUGACGGUGGUGGGACGCAGGCUUUGCUGGUCCGACGCUCUGUUCUUCUGUAGACGUCACCACUGGGACCUGCUCAGCCUUCACAGCCAAGAAGAGCAGAGCGAGAUGGAGCGGCUGCUGAGUGGCAGUCCUUUCCCCCUCACAGACUACGUCUGGCUGGGAUUGCGCAGAAACCUGUUUGGCAGACAGAAGAUGCUCAACAGCUGGUUCUGGAUGUCUGGCGAUUCCAUGAAUUUCACCAAAUGGCCACAAGGUUCUGCCGCCCGCCCUUCCACCAACCUCUGUGGAGGCGUGGCAAGAGGAGAGCGCCACCUGUGGGAGGACCAGCCCUGCGAUGAGCUCCUCAACUUCAUCUGCCAGUCACGUGCCGAGGACGCAGGACAAAGAGUGUAUUUCUACAGCACCCGCGAAGUCCUCAGUACGAGUUAAGAUAAUCUGAAGGUCGAGAUCCUUUUUGUUCCCUAAAUAGUUUCUGCAUGUCCGCUGUGGUGCAUUAUGAGCAGUUUUUGUUGUCCGUACGCCCAUAUUUCCACUGCGCUCAGCUGAAACUACACAUGAACCAGAGAUUUAAAUAUGAAUACAUGCUCAUAAUAUCAAUAUUAUACACUUGCAUUUAUUUAUUUAUUAAGUUUAUCUGUACCUAAUUCUGUGUUUGUGCUUCUGUAACACCCAGAUUCCCCCUCAAGUCAUUAAAGGAUUAUCUUAUCUUUUCAAUAGUGACUAAAAAAAGUGUGAUCUUGCACCCAUAAUAAUAAAGUAAGAAAUAAAGCAAUAGC